UGUCACUUUCAUCAGUAAGGCCUUUUGAGUGUGGAAAACAAGUGUUUAGUUUUCCAAAAGAAAAGAAAAUGCCAAUGACACCUGUUAUAACCGGAGUAGAAGAGCAAGAGAAACUACUUGAAGAUGCAAUUGGUGUGGUUAAAGUCCAGGCUUUUCAAAUGAAACACUGUUUAGAUAAAUCUAAAUUAAUGGAUGCAUUAAAACAUGCUUCUACAAUGUUGGGAGAACUUAGGACUUCUCUUUUAAGUCCGAAAAGUUAUUAUGAAUUAUACAUGGCUAUUACUGAUGAACUGAGACAUUUAGAGCUUUAUUUAUUAGAUGAAUUUCGAAAGGAAAGAAAAGUGGCAGACUUAUAUGAAUUAGUACAAUAUGUUGGUAAUAUUGUGCCUAGACUGUAUCUGCUGAUCACAGUUGGAUUAGUAUAUAUUAAAACAACUGGUGGCUUGAAAAAGGAUCUAUUGAGAGAUUUAGUAGAAAUGUGUAGAGGUGUUCAACAUCCUUUAAGAGGCCUUUUCUUAAGGAACUACUUGUUACAAUGUACCCGUAAUAUUUUACCAGAUGUUGCUGAAGAAGUUGAUAAAGAUGGAAGUGUCCGCGACAGUAUAGACUUUGUCUUGAUGAAUUUCGCAGAAAUGAAUAAGUUAUGGGUACGCAUGCAACAUCAAGGUCAUACUAGAGACAGGGAAAGGAGAGAAAGAGAAAGAGAAGAACUUAGAAUUUUAGUGGGAACUAAUCUUGUACGACUUAGCCAGUUGGAAUCAGUUACUUUAGAGAAAUAUAAAAAGCUUGUCUUACCUGGAAUUUUAGAACAAGUAGUCAGUUGCAGAGAUGCAAUUGCUCAGGAGUAUCUCAUGGAGUGUAUAAUUCAAGUUUUUCCUGAUGAGUUUCAUCUACAAACAUUAAAUGCUUUUUUAAAGUCUUGUGCUGAGCUGCAAAAUGGUGUGAAUGUAAAAAACAUAAUUAUUUCAUUAAUAGACCGUCUUGCAGCAUUUAGUCAAAGAUCAGAUGGUGUUGGAGGACCAGGAAGCCCUAAUGAAGUACCAGGAAUUCCACAGGAUGUAAAACUUUUUGAUGUUUUUAGUGACCAAAUAGCUAUUAUUAUACAGACUAGACAAGAUAUGCCUCCAGAAGAUAUUGUUUCCCUUCAAGUAGCUCUGAUUAACUUGGCACAUAAAUGUUAUCCUGAUAGAGUGAACUAUGUGGACAAAGUUUUAUUAACAACUGUUCAAAUAUUCCAAAAACAGAGUGUGGAAAAGCUUGAGUAUAAUAGUGCUGUAUCGAGAGAAUUAGUACGGCUGAUGAAAAUUCCAAUAGAUAACUACAAAAAUAUAUUAACCGUUUUGAAGCUUGAGAAUUUUGCACCAUUAUUAGAUUAUUUUGAUUAUGAAGGCAGGAAAUUGUUGGCUAUUUAUAUAAUAACAAACGUUUUAGAAAAUGAAACUCUGAUACCAACUCAAGAACAAGUAGAUUCAGUUCUUUCUAUGGUGUCUCCUUUGGUGCAAGAUCAGCUAGAUCAACCCAAUAUAGAAGAAGAUCCUGAAGAUUUUGCAGAAGAACAAGGUCUUCUUGGUAGACUGAUACAUCAUUUUAAAUCUGAGACAGCUGAUCAACAAUACAUGAUAUUGAGUGCUGCUAGAAAACAUUUUAGUGCUGGUGGGAAUAAGAGAAUAAAAUAUACUUUACCACCAAUUGUCUUUCAGACUUAUCAGCUAGCUUUUACAUAUAAGGAAUUAAAAGAUCAAGAUGAAAUGUGGCAGAAAAAAUGUCAGAAAAUCUUUCAAUUUUGUCAUGCAACUAUUACAGCUUUAAUGAAAGCUGAAUUGGCUGAAUUGCCAUUAAGGCUAUUUCUUCAGGGUGCUAUAGCGAUAGGAGAAAUUCGUUUCGAUAAUUUUGAAGUGGUUGCUUAUGAAUUUAUGAGUCAAGCAUUUUCAAUAUAUGAAGAUGAAAUAAGUGAUUCUAAGGCUCAACUAGCAGCUAUUACAUUAAUUAUUGCUACAUUCGAACAAAUGAGUUGCUUUAGUGAAGAAAAUGCGGAACCAGUUCGCAACCAGUGUGCUUUAUAUGCUAGUAAGUUAUUAAGAAAACCAGAUCAAUGUAGAGGUGUUGCUACCUGUUCCCAUAUAUUCUGGUCUGGAAAAUCUUUAGCGACCGGAGGAAAAGAGAUGCAAGAUGGGAAUAAAGUAUUAGACUGUUUGAAAAAAGGUAUUAGAAUAGCAAGCCAAUGCAUGGAUACUUCUGUUCAAGUGCAACUUUAUGUUGAACUGUUAAAUCAUUAUAUUUAUUUUUACGAGAAAGGCAAUACAGCGGUCACUGUUGUCAUUUUAAAUCAAGUAAUUGCAAAAAUUAAGGAAGAACUUCCUAAUUUAGAAGUUAGCGAAGAAACGGAGCAAAUUCAAAAACAUUUAGGUAACACACUAGAACAUUUGAGAAACAGAAUGGAAUCUCCAGAAGCUGACGGUCUUUCGUAUAAAGGACUUGUUCUUUAAUGUAAUCGUCAUAAGCGGU